GGGGGGAUUGAAAGGCGACACACCAGGAAACCAGCCGGUGCGUGUUUGAAGGAGACUUGACAGCAGAAUGAGAUCUGAGUGGAUUGACUAAUCGCCUGUUUCAACACAUUUGUAAUUUAUCUGUUUUGGUUUGUGAUGUCGUAAUCAUGAAUGCCCCUCGUCAGUUGUUACGGAUCCAGUGCAUUGGGUGCGUUGCACGUUUUUUGGGGACACCUGUACAGCGAGUGAUCCUACCUGCUGGAGCACAUCUACAAACCCCUGGAUCACAGCACAAAUAUGGCCAGCUUCUGAGGCCAUUCCACUGCAGUGCGGCACGUUCCACGAGUCGUCCAAGCCAGACAGAGCUUGAAAAGACAGCUGAAGAUGAGACCUUUAAUAAAGACAAAAGUUUAGUCACACAUGAUGAUUUAUUUGAGCGAGCUGCUAGAGACUCAAAGACCAAGGCUGAUUUUAAUAGAGUAGUGGAUGUUUUCAGCAAGAAGGACAUUCGACGACGAGGCCAUGUGGAGUUUAUUUAUGCUGCCCUGAAAAAGAUGCCAGAAUUUGGAGUAGAACGAGACAUUACUGUUUACAACAAACUCCUGGAUGUGUUUCCAAAAGAAGUGUUCGUGCCUCGGAACUUCAUUCAGAGGAUGUUCAACCAUUACCCAAGACAGCAAGAGUGUGGAGUACAGCUGCUGGAGCAGAUGGAGAAUUAUGGUAUCAUACCGAAUGUGGAGACCAAGGUAUUGCUGGCUCAGAUAUUUGGGGAAAAGAGUCAUCCCAUGAGGAAGUACCAGCGUAUCAUGUACUGGUUUCCCAAAUUUAAGCACGCAAACCCCUUCCCCGUCCCACAUGUGCUCCCCAGUGACCCAGUAGAACUUGCUCGAUUCAGUCUUACCCGGAUUGCAGAUAACCUGGAUGCUAAAUUAACAAUCUAUCAGUAUCCGUCAACAGACAUCACAGAGACUGGUGAAGAAGUUACACGUCCCCAUAUUGUAGGUAUCCAAAGUCCAAACCAGCGCUCCCUUCUGGCCAAACACAAUCCCUGCAGGCCUGUGUUUGUCGAAGGACCGUUCCCACUAUGGCUCAGAAAGACUUGUGUUCAUUAUUACCUUCUCAGGGCAGACCCUAUACCGCCUGAGGAAAAGGUUGAGGAAGAACUUGACCCUGAGAUGAUUGGACCGGAGCAGAGUCUCUUCUACCCUCAGCGAGUGGAACUUGACCUGGAAAGAGACAUGGGUGAUGAUUUCAGUUUCGAUGUGGAUGAUGUGGAAGAGGGGCCAGUUUACGCCAUGUGUAUGGCCGGUCAGGGUGAUCAGGCCACUCUGUCGCAGUGGAUUUCUGGUCUACAGGAGACCUGUCCCAUAUUGGGCCAGAUCCCCACGGUGUUCCGACUGGAAUCUGGACCUAGAGAACUGCAAACCUCAUCGGAUGCUCAGCAAACCCCUGAGCAGGAGGUUGAAACAGACCCAAUUAUCGAGGAGGAACCGCUACACUCACAAAGAGUGAAACAGUGAGAGUUUGCUGUUGCAAAAGCCAUGCCAAUGGAUGUGCGUUUAAGACGACGGACUGUGGUAGUUAUACAUGAAUCUGAUAGUUAUGUCUUGUCAAUUACACACUAUUUUGAAUUGAGAUCUGUCUACAUUAUGCAGAGUUGCUCUAUGAUGUGUAAACAUGCCAUAAACUGAUUUGGCAGUGCAAUAAAACAUACAUUUCUCCAAUAUUUAGAUUUUGUGGGCAUUUUUUAAUAUAACUUGUGGAUUAUAUAAAGUUGAUAAGUAGUUCUUCAGUGUUCAGAACAAUUAUUGUUUCACUAUUCUAAGUGAAAAUAGACCUAUAUUUUAGCCAAACUAUGUAAUCAAUGCAAGAUCUGUGUCAUAAAACAAAAUGGGCCAAAGGUUUUAUUAGCUAAAACAGAUGUGGACUAAAGAUCCAUAAUCAUAAUUAAAUGUUUUACUUAUCCUUUCGCUUAGACUGUAAAGACUAACAAUUUGUCACAGUUUGCUAAACUAUACAUGACUUUGAUUAUUCUCAUCCUUGUGAUUUAUUUAUUUAUUUUUUUAAAUUGCAAACGUGGUCCAUGUCUAUAACCAAACAUUAACAGCACACUCUCAGAUAAUUCAGCAGGUUAGCUAGUAAUUAACUACAAGUUCAAAUUAUGGUUAAU